AUGCCUCUAGGAAUUUCUGGUACUUUCAACUUCAUGAUUGUAUUCCAGGCUGAGCACAACAUCCUUAUGCACCCAUUUCACAUGCUAGGCGUAGCUGGUGUAUUCGGCGGCUCCCUAUUUAGUGCUAUGCAUGGUUCUUUGGUAACCUCUAGUUUGAUUAGGGAAACCACAGAAAAUGAAUCUGCUAAUGAAGGUUACAGAUUCGGUCAAGAAGAAGAAACUUAUAAUAUCGUAGCCGCUCAUGGUAUCGGGUUCACUGCUUUAGGUAUCAGCACUAUGGCUUUCAACCUAAAUGGUUUCAAUUUUAACCAAUCGGUAGUUGAUAGUCAAGGCCGUGUAAUUAAUACUUGGGCUGAUAUCAUUAACCGUGCUAACCUUGGUAUGGAAGUUAUGCAUGAACGUAAUGCUCAUAAUUUCCCUCUAGACUUAGUUGCUAUCGAAGCUCCAUCUACAAAUGGAUAA